AUGUCUCAACCCUUCUUCUUCUUCCACCUUUCCUUCUUCCUCUUCUUCUCCAUCUGCUUCUCUUAUGAAGAAGAAAUGCUUAAUCUUACAAAACGCGACAUAAUCUAUCCACCCAUUGACAAUUACCCAGCUUCACCAGUUACAUUCCCACCUGAUACUGAUCCAACAACAACUAUUCCCACUCCAACCAUAGUCAAUGUCCCAUCAACCAAUCCAAUCAUCGACCAGCCACCCACAAUUCCAGUCAACGUUCCAUCCACCACCCUACCACCAUUAACACCCAUAAUUACGAAUCCAGUCACCUCCCCUGGUGCAGUUCCAGGUGCUCAACCGGUGACCAAUCCUGUCACAACCUAUCCUAUUCCCUCAACAGGAGUUCCCGUCACCACUCCGGUCACGACCCCAUCGGGGAUGCUAGCUGGGCAGAGCUGGUGUGUGGCCAAAAGUGAUGUAACGGAAGCUGCAUUGCAAUCGGCUAUUGAUUAUGCUUGUGGAAUAGGUGGUGCGGAUUGCUCUGCUAUUCAACAAGGGGCUAGCUGUUAUAAUCCAAAUACUCUUCAGUAUCAUGCUUCAUAUGCUUUCAAUAGUUAUUAUCAGAAGAACCCAUUUCUAACUAGCUGUGAUUUCGGAGGAACUGCAAUCACAACCUCUGCAAACCCUAGUACGGGAACCUGCGUAUUUCCAGCAGCAUCAUCGUCGUCUUCUUCAAUUUCUUCACCUGCCAUGGGAACACCAACAACAUCAUCAUCAACGACAACAACAACAACAACAGGCGUAGCAAGUCCCAGCACUACUGUUUAUCCUCCUCCUACAGUGGUGAAUACGAGCUACCCGGGUUUAGGCAUCGGCGGCGGUGGUGGCGGCGAUUCAAUUUUAGGUACUCCUUCAUUAUUUCCAGGUGAAAGCCCUCCUCCGAUUGCCAACGACUCGUCUAUCUCUAUGGCGGUUGGAUUUCGACCUUGUAUUGGCAGCAUCAUUUUGGUAACUGCUAUUGUGAGUCGAAGAUUGGGCAUUUGAUGAGAGAAACGGGGAGCAUGAAGAAGAAGAAGAAGAAUGUGGAAAUUUUUGUACAAAUGGGUCUCCUUUGAGGGACGAAGUAGUAACCCUAGCUAGCUAGCGAGCGGGAUGAGAAAUCUUGCAUGAAUUAUGUUUUACAGAUUUACGAGGUUUAAUUAACUAGUUACACGAAUUAGAUUAUUAUGAACGGAUAUCCUUCAUAAAUCUCGUCAUACAUUAAUUAAUUAGUUUUAUUAUUA